CUCACCGAUAUGGGACGAUGGGCUGUACGUCCCCGGUAAAGUUGAAUUCAUAACUGAUUUGAGACUUUGUUCUGGUCCCGUUUUUCAUCCCUCCGUACACACAUGGAGAAAGUUGUCGUUGUAACCGGCGCGAACAGCGGCAUUGGCCUGGCCCUGUGUGACAGGCUGCUUACUGAAGACAGCCAGCUUCGGCUGUGUCUGGCCUGCAGAAACAUGCAGCGGGCCGAGUCUGCCCGCUCCGUCCUCCUGACCUCCCACACGGAUGCCCAUGUAGACUUACUGCAGCUCGAUGUGGGCUCUGUGCCUUCAGUGCUCGCUGCUGCUCAGGAGGUCAAGGCCAGGUACAGCAGAAUUGACUGUCUGUAUCUAAAUGCAGGAAUUAUGCCCAAUCCACAAGUGGAUGUCAAAGCUUUUUUCAGGGGUCUGUUCUCCAGGAAUGUCAUCAACAUGUUUGCGACGGCAGAGGGUAUCUUAACUCAACAGGACCGCCUCAACUCAGAUGGUCUGCAGGAGGUUUUUGCCACCAACCUCUUCGGCCAUUUUCUCCUGAUCAGGGAGCUGGAGCCUCUGCUGUGUCCCGCAGGUCACACGUCCAGGAUAGUGUGGACCUCCUCCAGUAACGCCCGCCGCUCUGCCUUCAGUAUCGAGGACAUGCAGCACAAAAAUGGGACGGAGCCCUACAGCUCCUCCAAGUACGCAUCAGACCUGCUCAGCCUGGCGCUCAACAGACACAAGAACAGCCAGGGGCUCUUCUCCUCUGUAAUAUGUCCCGGACUGGUGAUGACUAAUCUGACCUAUGGUAUCCUCCCCUCCUUCUUCUGGACUCUCAUCAUGCCCAUCAUGUGGCUGAUUAGGAUCUUCACCAACACAUUCACACUUACACCACACAACGGAGCAGAGGCACUGCAUUGGGUGUUUCUUCAAAAGCCAGAAUCUCUGGACCCAAGAGCAAAGUAUCACAGUUUAACAUCAGGCCUUGGAACAAACUACACUCAGCCUCGACAGAUGGACAUUGAUGAAGGAAUGUCUGAGGUCCUCUAUUCAAAACUUCUCGAACUUGAGAAAGUAGUCAGAAGGAAACUGAGUGAGAGAAAUGCUGACAAGGAAGCUCAUGGACAGUGUGUCAGUGAGAUAGAGUAGACGUGAGUCUUUUAAACAGGAAGAUUUUACUCUCAGGAAAUGGACCAUGUGCAGUUUGUGAAACGAGAAGGCUUUAUUCAGGCUGCAGGCAAAUCAGAUCUUUUUGCAAGAGUUAUUUGCAAGUGAUCUGAUUGGAUUUGUGUGUUCACAUGCUGAUAGUUGUCACCAACCUAUCUGCACGGGCAGUCUGAAAAAGGCCUAACGGAGCUCUUCUUUUUUUCAUUCUUGCCAGUUGUACCAUUGAAUCUUGUGUCUUUGAGUUAGUGUGCCUUUUUCAUAUAUGAAUACAUUCAUAUUAGAAAUGAAAGGCUGGUCAUCCACAAACCUUCCCAAAGAUUUAUUGGGACGAUAAUCAUGUUCAUUGCUACAUUUUUGCAAUAUUAAAUCUCAACCUUUCUAAUCUUCUUUUAUACAGUCUAUGAUCUCAAUUACCUUUUUUUGGUUUGUUUUUUUACAUUUUUAUAAAACAAUAAUGUCAUCAAGUGAAUGCAAGAUCAGUAACCAGCUGGAGUCUCAUCCGUUGCUUCAUCCUUGUAAUGUACACCACUGCCUGCCUGUGUGUCUUCACCUGAUAGCUGUAUCAUGUAUCUUCUACAACAGGCUUAUUACCUACUUACUAACUUUCCGCUCACUGAGUACAAACACAACUGUCAGCUGUCUUCUACCACAAAUUGUACAUUUCGAUGCAAUAGCGGAAAUGAGUGGCCUUUUUCAAUAAAGUAAAAAACUGCUGAGGUCUUAAAUAAACCAAACAAAUUGUAUGAAUAAAUCAGCAAAUUCACAAGGGUGAUGUCUGAGACAGUAUAGUGUAAUUCACUGAUUUCCUCUCAAUAAAGAGUAACAUUGAACUGC